AUGAGCAGCCCUGACGGUGGAUACGCCAGUGACGACCAGAUCCAAGGAAAGAGCUCCGUGCUGCCAAUGAUGAUGCUCGGCCUGGGUCAGUGCCAGUGGACGGAUACCAUGGAGGCCAAAGUCAAGUGCGAACCGGGAUCUGCCAGCAGCAGCAGGGGCAAAGCCGAGACUCGGAUCCGCCGUCCGAUGAAUGCCUUCAUGGUGUGGGCGAAAGAUGAGCGAAAGAGACUGGCCCAACAGAACCCGGACCUGCACAAUGCCGAACUCAGCAAAAUGCUCGGGCAAUCAUGGAGGUCUUUGGCUCUGGUUGAAAAGCGCCCAUUUGUGGAACAAGCAGAAAGACUGAGGGUACAGCACAUGCAGGACCACCCAGAAUACAAGUACAGACCCAGGAGGAAGAAGCAGAUGAAGCAGAUGAGGGUAGAUGAGAACCUCUAUCCCAUUACAGAGCUUGUGCGCUCUCCAGGACCAAACAGUUUUAGAAUGAUGGGAAUGGACAAUUUCUCUGGAGGCUCUGCUAAUCACCAACAACCUCAGACCUCUACACAGAACAGCCACUACACAGAACAACUCUCCAUGGGACACUAUUACAAAGGUUACAAUUACCCAUCAUCCCAAACCCCACAGGCUGCACCUUUGCACUACUCUUCAUCACCCACCCAAGUGGAAAAUGAUAUGGUGCCCUACGCCUACAAUGGCUCAUACUCCUUCUGCCAGCAAAAAAACACCAGCUCUUCGUAUAGUAAACAGAUGGCUCAUGUGGGUCAAAUAUUACAGGAUGUUCCAGAGCAGACCUCUCCGCACAUGUUUUAUGGGCAGUACUACAUACCCUCCUCCAGUGGUCCUCUUCAAGUGGCAACUCCAGAGCACAUCUCCCCUGCACCCCAGCAGAUGACCACAGCAGAUCACAUCAAUCCCAGCCACAUUGCGAUUGACAUAGACAAGAAUGAGUUUGAUCAAUACUUACAUGAUUUCAAGAAUGACACAGAACUAAACUCUGAAGCAGAUGACUACAAUGGGAUUGAUAAUACUAACAUGCUGCCUUUAGCCACAGAAUCCAGUAACAUCAGUUACUACAAUUAUUGUGAUGUAUGA